AUGGCCAGAAAUCACUUGCCUGUGCGACCCGCCAUUACCGACACGAGACACGAGCAAAAGAUGAGCAAAGGACCGCAUUACAUGCCGUGUUCCAGAUCUGGUAUCGCGGGCGACGGAGAUUCCAAUUUGCAAGUCUAUCUUUCCUCAGGGCAGCCGUUAUACGACGAGAAAUUGCACCUGGUCAGCGGCAAGUUGACCUCUGUUUUCUAUCUAUACGCUCCGUCUAAAGUCUCAGUACUGCCUCCCAAAAGAGAAAGACAAUGCCAACACGCCGGUCUGGAGAGGCCAGUCAUUUCCCGUUUCUAUUCUAGCUUGAAAAAGCUCGGCAGUUCAUGUCCCUACUCCAUCCAUGACCAUUGGCAUUCCGGUUUGCCUUUGAGUAUUCAUAAUGCCAAUGACUGGCUGUCUGUUGACGGCCAUACGUCGUCACCUUUAUGCAAGACUUGCCCUUAUCUAAGACUUAAGGGUGGGGUAUCUGUGGCCGAGCGAAUGCAUGAACUUGCGUUCGGAUGGUACCGGUGA